AUGAAGCAGAAGUCGUUAGCUGUAAAGGCCAGCUACGGCUCCGUACAAUCAUCUGGGGGACGAUGUACGGUUUGUAAGGAAAACCAUCCGCUUUAUCAGUGUUCUUCUUUUCAACGGUUGUCGGUGCGAGAGAGGGAGGCGAUGUUGAGGUCAAACUCCCUGUGCAGGAAUUGCUUCCGGCCGGGUCACAUCGCGAAGAAUUUCCCGUCUAAAUAUUUCUGCCGCAGCUGUAAAGGUCGUCACAACACAUUGGUGUGCUUCAAAUCUGGGAAAGAUAGAUCAGCGAAGGUUGCUGCUGCUACGGAACGCAACAAUUCUCCUCUUCCGGAUGCUGGCGUGCAUUCGGGUUCGACAUCCGCCCAGGUGGUGAACGUGGUCGCCACCGAUUCUGCAAUAUCUGGUGCAGCUCAGCAGUUCUCCUCCCAUGUCCUUCUGGCCACGGCGGUCGUUAUUGUGGAAGAUGACGAGGGUAGCCGAUUUCCGGCUCGAGCGUUGCUGGACUCCGGCUCUGAAAGCAAUUUCAUCGCAGAACGGUUGAGCCAACGACUAAGGACGCGACGAGAAAAGGUGGACAUCUCUGUCCUUGGUAUAGGUCAAGCAGCUUCAAAGGUGAAGCACAGGAUUCAAGCAUUGGUGCACUCAAGAACCACAAAUUUCUCUCGGAGUGUGAAUUUCCUGGUUCUGACAAAGGUAAUUGCGGAUUUGCCAACGGCGAAGGUCAACAUGAAGGGAUGGAAGAUGCCUGACGGGAUUAGUUUAGCGGAUCCAGCCUUUUUUAGUCCCAGUGCGGUGGACAUGGUUCAUCGGGGCAUCGCGUUCUUUUUGAUUUCUUCGAAUCUGGUCGAAGAAUUUCCAUCGGAAACCAGAUGCCGACAUUCAAUGAAUCGGUCUUUGGAUGGGUGGUGUGCGGAGGUCAAACAAAACCCACGGAGAGCCUACGGCGAAGCAGUUGGUACUUCGAAGAUUCUUUCUACCAAGGAGCAACGGUGUGAAGAAUUGUUCCAGCAGUCGGUUCACAGGGAAUCCGACGGUCGGUAUACUGUUUCGUUGCCGAAGGAUGAGGACGUCGUUUCGAGGAUUGGUGAGUCACGGGACAUCGUCUACCGGCGUUUUCUAGGCACGGAGCACAGAUUACCUAUGGAUGCUAAUUUACGGGAGCAGUAUCAUCAGUUUAUGGCAGAGUACAUACAGCUAUGGCACAUGAGCAAGGUGAAGGAUACAACAGAGUCCGAAAAUCGUUGUUUUCUACCACACCAUCCCGUCAUAAAAGAGGCUAGCACCACCACGAAGCUGGCAACUGAUGAGAAGCUACAGUACCCGCUGGCUGCUAGAGCAGUUACAGAAGAUACAUACAUGGAUGACGUUAUCAUAGGAGCGGAUACGAUUCAAGCAGCAAGCGAAAUUCGGAAACAGCUGGAGGAAAUUACCUCUAAGGGAGGAUUUCGGCUGAGGAAAUGGGCUUCCAACGAACUGGAGGUAUUGGAAGGAGUUGCCGAGGACAAUUUGGCAAUUCGUCUGUUAGAAGGAGUUAACCUGGACCCUGAUCCGACUGUCAAAACACUCGGACUGACAUGGAUGCCGAAUACCGAUCAACUGCGAUUCCAAUUCGACGUUCCAGCAUGUCCCAUCACCUCACAACUGUCAAAUCGGCAAGUGCUGUCGGUGAUUGCGUCGCUAUUCGACCCACUGGGUCUCAUAGUUGCAGUUAUUACCACGGCUAAGGCAAUAAUGCAGCUAUUGUGGAAGGUCAAGGAUACCAACAAUCAGCCAUUGGAUUGGGGUCAGCCGUUGCCUUCGACGUUGGGUGAGUUGUGGAGAUCCUAUUAUGACCAACUUCCCAUGUUGAACGACCUCCGUAUCGAUCGCUGUGUGGUGGCUCCCAGAGCGGUAGAAGUCGAAAUCCAUUGUUUCUGCGAUGCUUCGACCAAAGCAUUUGGCGGCUGCGUGUAUAUCAGAAGUGAAGACCAUGAAGGAGAAGUGAAAGUCCGGUUGUUGUCUUCGAAAUUAAAGGUGGCACCGUUGAAGAUACAGUCCAUCAUCUCAAGACUGGAUCUUUGUGGAGCAUUGUUAACAGCACAACUGUACGAGAAGUGGCAGCAUGUUUCUGGCAAAGAUAAUCCGGCAGACUUGAUUUCCAGAGGAAUCAAUCCAAAAGAUAUUGUGGAAAAUACAUUCUGGUGGGAGGGACCGGAAUGGCUGAAACGAGAGCGCGAGGGCUGGCCAUGUUCAUCAGCGGAGUUGACUUCGGAAGAAGCUGAUCAAGAGCGGCGGUGA